GAAACCCAGAACCCCCCGCGUUGCCCGUCAUGCACCUGUGUUCCUCUACCCCACACAGAGAGAGAUAGAGAGGCACGACCCACGAUCUGUCGUGGUCCAGUUCGCCGCACCCCUCUGUGGCGUACCCACCCGGCUUGGGGCGAAGCGUACCACUCCGUCGCUGCCUAGGGGUUGAGCGCACCCCUGAAAUGAGCGACGAUGACCAUGGCGAGCGGGACAGACUGGCUUCCUUAGCCGAUUGCUUGACCAAACGUGGCCCAGGCUUGCAUAACCAACCCAGGGGGCCACCAAGCGACGCCCCGUUGUUGCAGGCACGGGUGCGCAUCCCGGAAUCUGCUACAGACAGGCGCGAGUGGCUGAAGCAACACUCGCAGUCCAGGAGGCGCCAGCAGCCUAGCCCAGGGAGCGGUCUGAAGACGCCCCACGAUGGCAGAAGGCGUCCCUCUUCCCGCUUCCGUCCCCACGCCCACGCGGCAAGCAACUCCGAGUUCAGGGAGCGCACCACCUCCCGCGAUUCCUCCGUAGCCGGCGGUGAAUCGGACACCUCCUCUGUGAACUCCCGGCUCUCCACGGUGUCGACGCCCGAAAUUUCUCAGCGGCAGCGGAAGAUGCUGCAACAGCGGCACCAGCAGGUGGUCGGGCCGGCCUCCGUGGCCGGGUCACCGGACCGCACCCGGCGCUCUCGCGUGCCCCACGGCUCGAUCACGCGGAGCUCGUCGUCUGCGUCGACGUCGGUUGUGUCCUCAGCGCCGUCACUGUCUCAACAGUCGUGCGGCGUUUGCGAGGCCGAGUUCACCCGGCUGCGCCGCCCGCACCGCUGCCGCCGGUGCAUGGAGGCCGUUUGCGCCUCUUGCUCGCCGUUGAGACUACCGGUUCCCGGCUCGGGCAGCCUCGAGCCCAAGCGUACCUGCAGGCUCUGCGCCGGAGGCCCGUCGUCGGCGCGAAGAAAGGGCUCGGCAGCUGUCAGGCAGAACGCCGGAUCAUCUUCGGCAUUAAAAGCUGCUGCAGCUCGCAGGAGUUCGGCGGGGCAACGCGGGGAUAAGCCUGUUCGCGUGGCGGCGGCGGCGGCGGCGGCAGACACGGCCGCCAGUCGGCGGUCGGCCAGCCGAUCGCACGACACGCGACACCGGCGGUCCAACAGCGUGGGCAGCAUGAUCACUCGAGCUCCGCUCAAGGCUCUCUCUGACGCUGCCGCGGCCGUCACGGCUGGGUUCUAUGCCGAUGGGGCGGAAGGUGGGGGCGAAGGAAAAGUGGGGGACUCGGCUGGCGGCAUUGACGGUAGCGGCAAGAACAAGCUCACCCCUGGACGGUCGCCCAAUGCUCAGGGGUCUCUUACCGGGAGACUCGCUGCGGGCGGGCUUGCGGCGUUGGGUGCUAUCGGCACCGGUACUGCGGCGGUGGGCGCGAUCGGCACCGACAUUCUCCGGUCGGGCAUGCUGUCGCGGCAGACGGAUGCCCCCUCGUCAUCUACCGGAGAGCAGCCAGCGGAUGCUAAUGACGGGACGGAUGGCGACCCCCUUGCUGCCGGGGAGAAAGCAUCGGACUCACGUGUUGCAGGCGGCGACGUUUCUCUGACUCGGAGGCUCGCGGCUGGUGGGCUUGCGGCUUUGGGUGCCGUCGGCGCUGGCAUCGGACGGCCAGGAAAGCCACCAGGAGAGGCGGACUCCUCCGUCCCAUCAACGGGAAGGCAGUCGGCGACUGCCAAACAGCAGGAGGAGGGCAUCUCUGCCGGCGCGACGGUGAGCGAUCAGGGUGUUGAUGUUUCUCUCACUCGGAGGCUCACAACUGGCGGGUUGGCGGCGUUAGGGGCUAUCGGUACCACCAGCACGGCUGCGUUGGGUGCUGUCAGUGCCAGCGGCACGGCUGCGUUGGGUGCCGUCGGUGCCAGCAUCGGUGGAUCGAGGAAGCCGGCCAAAGACUCGGAUCCGUCCGCACCAUCCGCUCCGGAGCUUGAAGACGUCAUAGGCGGGCUCCCUGCUGGGGACGGCAACGUGACGGCGUCCGACGUGGGGGUGGAAGGAGUUGAUGCUUCUCUCACUCGGAGGCUCACGGCUGGAGGGUUGGCCGCGUUGGGUGCUGUCAGUGCAAGAAGCACGGCUGUGUUGGGUGCUGUCAGUGGGAGGAGCACGGCCGCGUUGAGUGCUGUCAGCGCCAGCGGCACGGCUGCGUUGGGUGCUGUCAGCGCCAGUAGCACGGCUGCGCUGGGUGCCGUCGGUGCCAGCGUCGGCGGAUCGAGGGAGCCGGACAAAGAGUCGGAUGUGCCCGCACCGUCUGCUCCCGAGCUUGAAGACGUCAUCGACGGGCUAUCUGCUGGUGACGGCAGCGUGACGGCGUCCGACGUGGGCGAGGAAGGAGUCGACUCUUCUCUCACGCGGAGGCUCACGGCGGGUGGGUUGGUGGCGUUGAGUGCUGUCGAUGCAGGCAUCGGUCGGCCGGGAAAACAACCAUCAGGAGAGGUGAGGGUGCCUACACCAGUUGCCGUCGAGGCGUCGGCGGAUGUUGAAACCGAGAAGGAAGUCGUCUCAGGCGACAAUACGACGGCAACGGAUGGUGUGAACACAGAGGGCGGCGAUGCUUCUCUCACCCGGACGCUCGCAGCUGCGGGAGUAGCGGCUUUGGGUGCCGCUGGUGCCGGCAUUGCUACAGCGAGAAAUCCACCAGGAGAAACAGAAGAUUCCAAGCCAUCUGCGCUAGAAAUAGCAGCUGAUGCUGCGCCUAACUUGGACGGGGUUUCGGGCGACCUCCCCGCUGGCGACGUCAGCGUAAAAGGUGGUGGCGAUUCUUCCGGUCAGAGGCUCGCUGCGGGCGGGUUAGCGGCGUUGAGUGCUGUGAACGCAGGCGUUGGUCGAUCGGGUAAGCCAUCAGGAGAUAGGGAUGUCUCCAUGCCACCUGCGGGAGUGCCACCAGCGGGUGUUGAGGUCAAGGAGGAGAUCUCAGGCGACCUUCCUGCUGAUGACGUCCGCGCUACAGCGUCGGCCGUAAAACCGUCAAGCGAUGAGGACUCCGUCAACCGGAGGCUUGCUGCUGGUGGGCUGGUGGCCUUGGGUGCUCUCCGCACCGGCGUUGGCCGGUCGGAGGACAAGCCAUCAGGAGAGGAGGGUGUCUCCUUACCAUCUGCGGCAGAGCCAUCAGCUGAUGUCGAGAUCAAAAAGGGAUGCGAUCACCCUGCUGAUGACGACGUCACUGCGACGGCGUUGGAAGGGAGCUCCCAUGGCGGCAACGCUUCUCAUAGACUGGCAUCUGGGGGGUCGGUGUCGUCGGGUGCGGUCUACACCGGCAUUGGUCCGUCGGAGGUGACGCCAUCAGGCGAAGUGGAAAUCUCCGUACCAUCUCCGGCAGACAAAGAGGAUAAGAUGAAGCUGAAGGCAGUGGUCGACGGCGGCGAGGGGGCACUCGCGGGGAGUAACGCAGCGGAAACAAGCUUGGCGUUUGCUGAUCGACGGCCCGGGAAGGACGCAGUGAAGCACGAAGAUGUUAUCACCGAACCGGUGGUCCAAGUCGCUGGAAGUGCAACAGUCCGUGAGACCACAGUAAGGACUGCGGAAGACGCGUCAACCGUCGCCGCCGCCGCUGCUGCUGCUGCUGCUGGGGGGGUUGCGACUGGACAAUGUCUACCCACUUCGGCGGUGGUGACUAACGACGGCGAACGUGCGUUGGAUUAUCCUGUGACCCUGGAGUCUGUACCAGAUGUUCCCACCGGUCAGAAAACGGUGGAUACGAUCAAGCACGGCUCGACCAAGCGUUCUGCCAACGAUACCGAGGAGGCACCUGCCGUGGUCAAGGCUGAACAGGUUGGAUAUUGCUCAGUCUUGGAGAACCAGGGGGCACCCAAGCUCGUCAGUGACUUCGUUGACGAUACUGCGGAGCCCCCGUCUUCGGGACCGACCGCACCUGAAGGAAGAUCUUGCGUGUUGGAGCCGCCGUCGAUACCUGCCGUAAAUGAAGGAGUGGUUGAGCGAGUGGCUCAGUCGACCGUGAAGAAUGAGUCGAAACAAAACGAUCUGCAACAAUGGGCAUCUGGCAUUGUCAGGGAACCCGUGGAUGGAGGCCUGACAUCUGUGGACGUUCGCGCGGCGUCGGUUGACCUGUCUGGUGAUGUCGAUGUUCCGCCUGCAGACCUAGCAGGCAGGGUAGCAGAACCACCGCCUGCCGAGAAAGAAAGUCUCGGCCGUCUUGAUUCCGGCCAUAUGGGCGUGACGAGACCCGACACGAAGGUUGAGAACAGCAAGGCUUCCCUCACGGGACUCGCUGCCGGUACCCUGGUCGGCGAGGGCACCGUUGAUGUCGGCAGUGGCGUGGGAGCGCAGGAGGAUGCCGCUGCCGUAGCAAGUACGGACCGGCGCGCAGAUGACGUCCCAUGCUUCAGGGAAGUCGCGUCAGCGGCGCCCGAAAAGGGGGCAACGACGGUAGACUCUGCGCCUCCUAGCACCGACAACCACCGGACAACGUCCUCAUUGCCUCUCACGGAACGCUUGUCAGUCCCUCGGAUCGAUGACGACACAACCAUGGAACACCAGGCUUCGGCCCCGGAUGCUACUAGGACGGAACAGUCGAGCUUGGUAGAGGUUGAGAAGGGAUCCGAAAAAAUGGGAGACGGAGAAGUGGCCGAGGCUGAGAGCGCGGCGGACGAGGCACCGAGCGGUUUGGAACCACCCCCAACGGUGGUCGGCGAGGCUCGGGUGGUGGACCGAGGGGCGCAAGUGGUACAAACAGUCGAAGAGGCCGGCACCGAAGACGUGGUGGGGGAUGCCGGCGGGAUGCCCGCUGAGCAAACAGCCGGACCGACUGUGGAUUCUUCGCUCGAAGCUCCCCAAGGGACCAGGCCCAAGUCAUCCGUUUCCGUUCCGAGCGCGGAAGGACCAUCGCAGAUGCAGGGGCCCGAUUAUUGCGAGGUCGACACAAUGACAUCGCUUGGAUCGGGGCUUGUCGUCGGGACGAAAGAUUUUUGGAGCCGAUUCUCUGUAAAGCUGUUGCGGCUCAUGACUACCGGCGACCCGAAUCCCGUUAUGGCGAGCCUGUUGUUCUUUGUCUUGUUUUUCGCGUUCAUUGUCUGUCUUAGAUCUGUGGACGGUGCAGGAGUCCAGAGAUGAUAUUUUGCGAAGCGUUAGCCCAUAGGAGUCGGGAUUGGUCGAGCCCUGCUGUAAUUAUGUGUUAUUUUCAUAUUUAAUAGUUGUAUUUCAUAUAUUAUGCACCCUGCACGCCUUUAUGGGUAAGGCGCAACGCCGUCGACCCGGAAUCAAGUGGAGGUUGGAGAAAAGAGACAUGAGUGCGUGCGGACAGAAACAUGAGCGGUGAUUUCUGAAGCUUCUGCUUCGAUGUUCGCGACGAACGAGCGAUUGAGACGGGAGAUGGACCGUAGGCGAGGAUUCACCGAAGCAAGAGCUCCAACGAGAGACAAAUAUGUUCUCAGUAGGCACCAGGAGGGUGCGAUUGGCGUGCGUGAGCCCCUUCGUCCGUGUUGCGUUGUGCUCCCAGAGAAAACGUGGUGCUACUGGCUGUUCGAGCUUGGAUGAAGGGCUCACGUUGUGGAAGUCCCUUGGGUCCACUUGGUGGUACCCCACGGGCCUCCAGACGUCGGACGGAAAGACUGGUACCUGGUGAGUCCU